GAAAGCUUCCGGUCUAUGCCUGAAUGCUGACCCUACCACACUUUACUUCAAAAUAUUUUAAUUAUUAUUCUUCACUUUCACGAGGACUUCUUAAACCCGUCUCUCUUCUUUCUCGUCUUUUGCGUCAUUAUACGUCCAUUCUAUGGUCAGGUGCCCGUCAAAGCCUCAACCGAAGGGCUACCAGAACUUUCGACCUAGCCAUCUCUUUUCGCUGUCUCUUGUCGAAUCUGCACCGGUGCCUUUCUCCGUGGUAUAUAUAUCCUGUUAUGGGGAUCAUGCACCACUUAUAACCUUUGAUGGUUGCGCGUGUCUGUGGGAAUGCAACUGCUUACAUAUUGCCUAUGAAAGUACGGCUGCGUGAGCGAGAGACCUGGUUUGUCGGAUAGUUGCGGUAGUUUGCCUGCAACAGAACUUAUAUAACAUCAGUGACCAAAACCGAACACUACAUGGCAGCCACCGGGACCUCGAAUGAAGGGGAGAGAUGUGUCCGAGAAUCGGUCUACAACAGGCAGCUCCCGGGAGCUCCUGUCCAUCCAAUUCCACGAUUGCAGGGUCCAUUUGAAGAAUCAAUAAUUGAAUCCAACUCAGGAGCCAGUAAGCAACGAACAGUAGAUAUUGAUGCUCAAACACGGCGGAGAAACCUACUCGAGAGGGCAAAAUAUGAACGACUAUGUGGCAGAAAAUGGUGCCAAAUGGCAGGUGAAAGGCAAGCAAUCAACCGGCCUAUUGGAGAGGAUAAAACACAUGCCUGUGCCCGCAUUCAACAGAGGCUGACAGCAGUUGCUUUAGAUAUCACCCCCUUUGGAAACUUAUUUCUCAAAUAUCGUUUGGCAUGCAUCUCCUGGCUAAAGGACUGGCAAUAUCAGACACGAAGGUCAUGAAGAUUCUACAGGGUCAUGUGGAUGAACUGGAUGAUUUCCUUGAAAGAGUAAGGGAGGAUUUCUCUCUCAUACAGCUUGAUGUCCGAAUAAGAAUUCGAUACCUCAGGCUACCCCUCGACAACCUUGAUGUAUUCGACGAAAUGCUUGUGGACCGCAACUUUCGGGCGUCAAUAAUUGACUAUAACGAAAAAAUCGAGUUUGCCAUUGAGCGUUUUGGAGCUGCUGUUAACGAUUCACUCAAAGAUAUAAACAAAGGGAUGGAGGCAAUGCGCGAAUUUUGGCAUUAUCUCAGGCAAUUAGCACAAGAGUGCACUCCUGCAACUGUCGAUUUGAAUGCCAUUUAUGAGGCAAUGGUUGGGAACGUCGAGGGCUGGAAUGCUGCAUUCUCAAAGCUCGAUAAAAGGGGAAUUGCUCUGGCAUCCGCUCUUAGCCAACUUGGCAUGACGGUCACUGAGAUGCAACGACGGGUGGGUCUGGCAAGUAGGAAAGACGUGAUGCCAUUGAUGCAGGACCAUACCGUGCGACCCCGAAGCAAGUCAUACAGAGGACGACUCUUUGAGAGACGAACAUCCGUUGCUGUGUCGGUAUCAGAUAAACCCCUUCCUAGCGAUCCUGACCUCCUAAACAUGCCAACAACAAGGAGUGUUCAUCAGAAGGCUGAAGGUCGAAUCAUGAUGAGUAAAAGCGUCACAGAUCUUCGAAUUGCCCGAGAGUUGAGUGACAUCCAUUUAAGAGAAAAGCAACACGCCCACCGAUCAAUGUCUUUGAAUGAUGCUGCUAAUGAUAGCGCGGGCUUUCCCGCUACCACCAAGUCCAGCAGGAGUAUAAGCGGAAGAUUUUCAAGGACAUUCCGUACAAAGAGGUCUGAGAGCGAGAAGCUGGAGCUAGUGGAGAAUCGACCAGUUUCGACGUCCCAUGAUGUGAAAACCCGAGGCAUCUCAUUAGAUCGAUUAAAAUCCAUCCAGAUGAAUCGAAAGUCUCAGCGACCGGAGUCGAUGGCUCCGCAAGAAAAUGGACAUACUACCCAAGGCUCCGCUCGGAGACAGAAACUGAGAGAUCAGCUGUCAUAUUACUUCAAAUCAGACGGCGUUAUCGAUGCAUGGGAGACCUCUAAUGAGAAUGCCCGGCGAAGUAGCCGUUUCCCCUCGGCAAAGAAAAAGGACUGGCCCCGGAGCAUAUUCCGUACAAAAGAUUCAAAUGCGCUUCAUGCUCCGACUGAUGUAUAUGGAACAAAAUCAUUUCCUGCGGAACUAAGUGGAACAGAGACGGACAUGUUGAAUCACCCUGCUGUUCUUGAGGAUAGCCCUGCAAAGCAAAUGAAUUGGAUGCCGGGAAAAUCGGACGUACUGCAUACUUACUGGUUGAAGCCCAACGAUAGUUCACCCCCGAGAUUACCUGUGUUCUCAGUUCCAUCAAUCCUCACAGGUGAUAUUGAAGACCAAAGAAGCGAAAGCAACGGGAGGGAAGCCAUACCGAUGAUUGCAGAGCUGGCUUGAUCAGAAUUCAGAUCUAUUCUGCACGAGGACCAUAUUGAAGCGCUUCUGGAAACAAUAAUAUAGUCACAAAAUGUUGAAAUCCCUUGGAUAGCAGCCAUCUGGGAUGGGAUACCUUGCGGACAUUCAGGCAAUUUCCAGUUGUUGAUAUUCUUGAAGUGGCAUUAGCCCUUCAUGAAUUAAACAUUGUACAUUCAAUGGAGUACCAUGCAUACAUGGCCUUUCAGUUCACUGAAGAAACCCCAGGUUUCUAAUUAAUUCCCAGUGACUUACAGGUCAUCAUUAGUCUGUUAUAAGCUUUUAGUGAACAUUCGACGUCAGCAACGGAGAUCGCAGGCAGAAGACCCUAUACAAUGCUGAUGCUUCUGCAAAAUACCCCGUCCCCUCUGUUCUGUUGACUCCCUGUUCAGUUUUUGUUUUAUACCUUUAACUAUCUCUGUUAAAAGAGCCUCAUACGUGAAGAUACCUAUAUAAUGUAUAUACUUAGUGCAAGACCCUUUUGCUUCGGGCUCUAC